AAAGACACGCGGAAACGGGAACAUGGGGUUGUAUGCGGCCGCGGCGGCCGUGCUGGCGGGCGUGGAGCGCCGCCAGGGUUCCCUUAAGGGGCUGGUGUACUCAAGCAGCUUCCAGAACGUGAAGCAGCUGUACGCGCUGGUGUGCGAGACUCAGCGCUACUCCGCGGUGCUGGACUCCGUGAUCGCCAGCGCCGGGCUCCUGCGCGCAGAGAAGAAGCUGCGGCCGCACCUGGCCAAGGUGCUAGUGUAUGAGUUGCUGCUGGGAAAGGGCUUUCGAGGGGGUGGGGGCCGAUGGAAGGCUCUGCUGGGCCGGCACCAGGCAAGGCUCAGGGCUGAGUUGGCCCGGCUCAAGGUUCAUCGGGGUGUGAGCCGGAAUGAAGAUCUGUUGGAGGAGGGAUCCAGGCCUGGCCAAGCCUUCCAGGUGCCACGGUUUGUUCGUGUGAACACUCUCAAGACCUGCCUUGAGGAUGCAAUUGAUUAUUUCAAGAGACAAGGUUUCUCCUACCAGGGUCGGGCUUCCGGCCUGGAGGACUUACAGGCCCUCAAGGGGCAACAUUUUCUUCUGGACCCCUUGUUGCCUGAGCUGCUUGUGUUUCCUGCACAGACGGAUCUUCAUGAGCAUCCACUGUAUCGUGCAGGCCACCUCAUCCUGCAGGAUAAGGCUAGCUGCCUGCCAGCCAUGCUACUAGCUCCUCCACCAGGCUCCCACGUCAUUGAUGCCUGUGCUGCUCCUGGCAAUAAGACGAGUUAUGUGGCAGCUCUUCUGAAAAACCAGGGGAAGAUCUUUGCUUUUGACCAGGAUGCCAAGCGACUGGCAGCCAUGGCUACACUGUUGGCCCGAGCUGGGGUCUCCUGCUGUGAGUUAGCUGAGAAGGAUUUCCUGACCAUUUCUCCCUCUGACCAGCGGUACAGCCAGGUCCAGUACAUCUUGCUGGAUCCUUCUUGUAGUGGCUCUGGAAUGCUGAGCCGGCAGCUGGAGGAGCAAGGGGGAUGCACACCUAGCAAGGAGCGCUUACAUGCCCUGGCGGGGUUCCAGCAGCGUGCCCUGUGCCAUGCACUUACCUUCCCCUCUCUGCAGCGCCUUGUUUACUCCACAUGUUCCCUUUGCCAAGAGGAGAAUGAAGAUGUGGUCUCCAAGGCUCUGCAGCAGAGCUCAGGGGCCUUCAGGUUGGUCCCUGUCCUACCUUCCUGGCCCCACCGAGGUCUUAGCACAUUUCCAGGGGCUGAACACUGCCUCCGGGCCUCCCCUGAGACCACAUUCACUUGUGGCUUUUUCAUUGCUGUGUUUGAACGGGUUGAGAUGCCAAGGGUCUCAAUGGCUUGGAACUUGUCACUUUAAAUAGGCUGGCCUGCUAGUCCUUGGGAUCCACCCAUCUGCAUACCCCAGUGGUGAGGCUACAGGGCAUGCUGCCAUACCCAGCAUCUACCUGCUCAUUUCAGAGGCUGCUGCUUGAAAUUCAUGGCCAUAUUCUCUAUCCACAAGCCCCCUGGCAAUUUGUACACUUUCUUAUAUUACAUUCUUUUUCUCACUGUGUAAGCUGACUCACCUACCUUUUCACUGGUGUUACUUCCCCCCCCCCCCCCCCACCAAGGGCUUCUCUCCUAUUUACCCAGGAAGUCAGUUCUCAGGACCAAAAUUCACCCUGUAUACAGCAAAUAAGGCCCCUUCACCCAUAUGCUUGGAAUUCUAACAUGACUUCCUUGGAUACUUAAAAAUCCAAACACUAUUCCCUGGCUAUGAAGUAUACCACUACUGUCUGCCUUAUAACCUCCUGCCAACCUGACGUCAUGAACCACUUCUGCUGCUGGGCCCUGGCACUGCCCUUCCCCACUUCCCACAAUGCACACCCAUCAUUCAAGCACUUGAGAGGCUGAAAUAGGACGAUCUUGAGUUAAACGAAGAGCCAGUGAGACAGUUCAGGGAGUAAAAGCACUUACUGCACAAGCAGUGAUCUGAGUUCAAUUCCCAGAACCCAAGUAAGGGUGGAGAGAACCAGCUCUACAAAGUUGUCCUCUGAUAUACACCAUAGCAUGCAUGCCUACACACACACACAAUAAAACAAAUGCUGGGGAGAUGGUCUGAAGUAAAAGUGCUUGUUGUGCAAGCAUGAGAACCUGAGGAGCUUAGAUCCCCAGCAACCGUGUUCUUAAAAAAAAUGUUGAAGUGUGGUGGUGCAUUCCUUUAAUUACAGGACUGAGGAGGCAGAGGCAGGCUUUGAACCACUACUUAACAGCCAGUGUUAAGUAGUGAAACCUUGUCGUCAUCCCCCUCCCCCCCAAAAUACAUAUAGCAGCAGCAGCUGGGUAUAGCUGUACACACUCCCACAUACAUCCCACAUUCUUACCUUCCAUCCAUUAUUUUCAGAAAGACCUUUCUUGACCACUUAUAUAUGUGAGAGGUCCUCUCAUCAUCAGCUUGCAUUGCCACCGGGCAUUAACUUACUGUUGAGUGCUAUCCCUUAACGCAGGGGGGAGCCCAGCCAGCCACACUGCUCCCCA